CAGCCGCUCCUGUGCCGCGCUGGGGUGUGCGUCAUCAUUCCGCGCCGUGUCACGUGGCCAUGCGGGAGGCAUGGCGGCGCUGCGGCGGCUCCUGGCGCGGCGGCCCGGGGCCGUGCAGGCGCUGACCGCCGGGGCACUGAUGGGAGCCGGCGAUGUGAUCGCACAGCAGCUGGUGGAGCAGCGCGGGCUGCACGGGCACCACAGCCAACGCACCCUGAAAAUGACAGCCAUCGGCUUCUGCUUUGUGGGCCCCGUUGUGGGCGGCUGGUACAGGAUCCUGGACCGGCUCAUCCCAGGGGCCACGAAAGCCGUGGCUGUAAAGAAGAUGAUGCUGGACCAGGGUGCCUUUGCACCGUGUUUCCUUGGCUGCUUCCUUGCCAUCACUGGGGUGGUGAACGGGCUGUCGGUGGAGCAGAACUGGGCCAAGAUCCAGCAGGACUACGUAGAUGCGCUGCUCACCAACUACUGUAUUUGGCCGCCGGUGCAGAUCGCCAACUUCUACUUCGUCCCUCUGGUCCACAGGUUGGCUGUUGUGCAGUGUGUUGCCAUUGUCUGGAACUGCUACCUGUCCUGGAAAGCAAACCGGCUUUGAGGGGGGGGGAAGCCAUGCUCCAGGUGCCCCCACCCACCACCUCUGGGGGCUCGGCCAGGGAGUGUGUGGGGCUGGAGUGCCGUGUGGUCCCCCACAGGGAUGCUAUGGCAGCAGUGACCCCGUGGGGCUGUGAGACCUCUCUGUCUGCGCUCCGUGUCCUGCCUAGCACGUGGGGUGCUCCGUCCUUCCCCAGCCUUGCUGCUGGUUCACACCCCACGUGCGACAGUGCACUACAGUACCUCCACCCAGACUCGUGUCGGGUCCUUCAGGAGCACCCAAUAAAUGCAGCGCUCCGCUGCCCCUGGUAACGCGUGAGUUCUCGGCCCCCUGCCUCCCCGUGGCGUUUUGGGCACAGGGAUUCAGCCCUCGUCCCGCCGUCACCCCAUCCUCGCCGGGCGCGGUGCCGCGGUGCCGUACCCCCGAGCCGCAUGGCACCGCGCUCGCGCUAUGAGUCACGCCGUUGGCCACCGCCGCUUCCUCGGGGCCGUCUGCAGCGCUUGGCCGCAGCGUGCGGGACCGGCGCGGU